ACAUCACUAAGAUUGUCUAAUUAGUUAAUGUUAUGCUUGUUUAUCAGCUGGUUUUCGUAAAUAAAGUUUAUUUAUUCAACAAAAACCUAAAAAGAAAAUACGUGAAUUGUUAAUAUAUGAAGUAAAAGUGCAGUGGGGUCAGCAUGUUGCGGACCAAAAUUCACAUAGCAAUAAGUGCUAUUGGUGUUAUUCUGGGAAUAUCCGCUUUCAUAUGUUUUUGCAUCGUUUACGCUAACAUUGAGGCCGGAAUAUGGGCGCUAAUGUCUGGUCUGAAUGCAGCUCUUUCCCUGAUGCUUCACUGCCACUACCUAAAGCAGUCAUUACAUGUGAACUUCUCUCGGAAAGCAUUGCAGUACAUAAGAGACUUUGCAAUUGUUGGUUUUGUGUCUGGCGGGGGAUUGACAAUAUUCUACAUAUUUCUUGAAUGUUAUUAUGGACUUGAAAUAUUGCCGAUAAACACGAGUAUAGUGAUCAGGCUGGUGUGGUCGUUCAUGAUGAUGAAGUGGGGUCUGCUGUUGUACUACACCACGCGGAAGUACCUGCGCACCUACAACGAUCAUCAGUUCUUCUCCGAAAACCCCUACAUCGAGGAGACAUAAGUCACUUUUGUGUACUAAUGUUACUUCGACUUUCAUUGAUGUAUUCGUUGAUUUCCAUUAAUUUUUCUAUAAGUUUUUCUCUAAGGUAUGAUGGUUUAUAGUUUUCUUAUAAUAAAGGUGUUUAUGUUCCGUAGGCGUAUUCAAAAUUUAGUUAGGUGUACGUUUAUUAUAUAUUUGUUGGGUCCAUAAAAACCAGUUUUAUCAUCGAAGUUAUAUUAGGUUGUGUGAAGUGAUUAUGGUCCUAAUGCAUGUAGGUCUUUCGAAUUUAUUAGUUAAGAGCAAAAACAGGGAUAUCUCUCAUUUGAAAUAUCAGAAAAUUUUAUUAUUACCGUUAGAGGCUAUUUUCCAAAACAUAACAUUUUGAAAAAUGAAAUUACUUUAUCAUCAUGUUGAUGGACUUGUGUUGACUAAAUAUUAUUUCUCAUAUGAUUUACAUGCUAUUGUAAGUAUAAUUCAUCUUAAUUUUUUUACAAAAUUAAAUAAACUUAAUGAAUUAAAUAAUUUUAUAUUAUCAAAUAUCAAAUUUCAUAUCGCAUAUUAUAUCUCGAAUAAUUCAUACAUGAUAAAAUCUCAUAAUGUAUACUUUCACACGAGCAAUUUGGCGAAUAAACAGUAAGAUAUCGAUGUUUGUACAAAAUUACAAUAUUCAAUGUACAAUUAUAUUAUGUAUUAUACAUACUGUUGAGCCGUUUUGCCUCUGUGAUUGUAAUACAAAGGUAUUAAACAGAAUCUGCUAAGAAGUUGUGUGGAAUCUGCGACGCGUUUUUCAAUGAUUUCCACAACUCCAUUUUUGCCAGUAAUUGGCUAUUGUCCAAAACUCCUCCCAUAAUGUGAGGGGAGGCUUAAGGCCCGCUUUAAGCCGUAAAAUAGUCAAUAUAAUUGGUAUUUACAUUCCUUCCAUUUUUUAAAAGCUUUAUUAUUUUCCAUUUUAUAUUUAUGGUCUCAGUCACGGACUAACAAAAUCCAUGCUCUGUGUUUUUUUUUAUUAAGUAUAGAGUAUUCAUUCACAUAAAAAUUUGUGAUAAAUUUAGUUUUAAAUUAAAACAGUAUUGCUUGUCCAAAUAUAGGUUUAGAAAUCGGAAUUUGUACCUUCCUACGGAACUAAUCACUUGUGUAAUUAAACAACGCAUUAAUUCGUUAGUAGGACUAUGCAUUAUUUACAAGUUUAUGGGUCUGUUUCACAAGUUUCCAUUAAUUUUUAUUUGACAGUUAUGGUAUUAAACAGCCAAUGGUGAUGGUACCUACUCAUUUUAUUACCAUUUAUAUGGGAGCAUAGGUUAGAGUGUGACUUUUUGUAUUUGGUCGGAUUAUACAUUUGAGUGACGAGUAGCAUUUACAGCCGGUUGUCAAUAAACGAUCCUAAUCUCAAUCUUCAAUCCGAUUCCAAGACUGAACCAGUCAAAAUAAAUCAUUUGUAAGCAUGUCAAAAAACCUGUGAUCUGAUUGGUUAAUUAUUGACAUAGAUCGAAUAAAGUGAUUGGGAUCAUUUAUUGAAAAUGACGGUUAUACGGAACUUGUUUAGCAGGUCUUAAUUUUUAGUUAUAUUCUUCAAUUAUCUAAUUUGAAAAAGUAUUUAUUACUAUAUUUCUUUAGUAUUUAAGUGUGAUGGCUUUUUGGCUAGAUAUAUUAGGUAAAAUUUAUUUCCAAAACCAAUGAUAACGAAUACCAAAACUUUCUUAAAUGUUCUGCCGACGCUUUUGUCUACUUUUCUGAUCUCUUUAUGAAAUAUACCAGUGGAUAGCGUUUUAAAAUAUGCUAAAAUUAAUUCUAUACUAUUACACAUAUCCCUGUGUUUGAGUUCAUUUUUUCUUAUGUAUUCUGAUAGUAUUUUAGAAAAGAUCUUUAUUAUGUAAGGAAAUUAAGACUAAUGCACGUGUACCUAAUUUUAUGUCUCAAUUAUAUGUUUAUUAAUUAACGUACUGAUUGCUAUUGUUAUUAAAAUAUUCGCCUAAAUUGUACGGGGGACUUCAUUACUAUUUACUAUAUACUUAGUUGAAAUAAAUGACUUGUUUCAA